CUGGAUCGGGAAGUUGCUGAAGUUGGCGAGUGAGUGUCCGGGCCCCGCGUCGGCUCCGGCUUCUUCCUGCUGCCCGGUCGGUGCAUGAUGGAAGCAGCAUGGCCUCCCAUCUCUCCCUGACCCAGCUAUCCAGUGCAAAUCCUGUGUAUGAGAAGUACUAUCGACAGGUUGAUUCUGGUAAUACUGGAAGAGUGGUGGCUUCUGAUGCUGCUGCUUUCUUGAAAAAAUCUGGGCUAACAGACUUAAUACUUGGAAAGAUUUGGGAUUUAGCUGAUACAGAUGGCAAAGGUAUCCUGAACAAACAGGAAUUUUUUGUGGCUUUGCGACUAGUGGCCUGUGCACAGAAUGGAUUGGACGUUUCCCUGAGUAGUCUUAAUUUGCCUGUUCCUCCACCUAGAUUUACUGAUACCGGUAGCCCAUUACUAAUCAGUGGAACAGCAUCAGCCGACGUCCCAUGGGCUGUUAAGCUGGAAGAAAAGGCCAAAUAUGAUGCUAUCUUUGACAGUCUGAAUCCUGUGAAUGGAUUGUUGUCAGGGGAUAAGGUGAAACCUGUACUGCUAAACUCCAAACUGCCGGUGGAUGUCCUAGGAAGAGUUUGGGAACUAAGUGACAUUGACCAUGAUGGAAUGUUGGAUCGAGAUGAAUUUGCAGUUGCCAUGUUCUUGGUGUACUGUGCUUUGGAAAAGGAACCAGUGCCAAUGUCCUUGCCUUCAGCUUUGGUGCCACCUCCCAAGAGAAAAACUGUCAGUAUUCCAGGAGCAGUGCAGUUGAUCCCAUCGUCAACAUUCGCUAAAGAUUCUCAUCAGUCCUCGUCUCCUGUUGGCAAUUUACCUGCCAAAGCACCACUAACACAGUGGGUUGUAUCACCUGCCGACAAAAUCAAAUAUGAUGAAAUUUUCCUGAAAACUGACAAAGACAUGGAUGGUUUUGUCUCUGGUGUGGAAGCCAGAGAAAUAUUCUUAAAGACAGGACUGCCUUCUAACUUACUUGCGCACAUCUGGGGCCUCUGUGACACACAGGACUGUGGAAAGCUUUCAAAAGAACAGUUUGCCUUGGCUUUCCAUUUAAUUAAUCAGAAGUUAACAAAGGGCAUUGAUCCUCCUCAAGUUCUGACUGCAGAAAUGAUCCCUCCAUCAGAUAGGGCCAGCUUACAGAAGAGCUCUUUAGGACUGACUGCGGUGGCAGAUUUUUCUGCAAUUAAAGAGCUUGAUACUUUAAACAAUGAGAUAGUUGAUCUGCAGAGGGAAAAGAAUAAUGUGGAACAGGAACUGAAGGAGAAAGAAGAUACUAUCAAACUGAGGACAAGCGAGGUCCAGGAUCUUCAAUGUGAAGUGAAGAGGGAGAGCAGUACUCUACAGAAGCUGCAAGCUCAGAAACAGGAAGCACAGGAAAUCCUUAAUGGCCUUGAUGAGCAAAAAGCCAAGUUAGAGGAGCAACUUAAUGAUAUCAGGCAGAAAUGUGCUGAAGAGGCCCAUUUGAUUGCCUCACUGAAGGCUGAAGUAAUGAGUCAGGAAUCUAAGAUCUCAACAUAUGAGGAGGAACUGACCAAAGCUCAAGAGGAGCUAAGUCGCCUGCAGCAAGAAACUGCUGAGCUAGAGCAAUGCGUAGCGUCGGGGAAAGCACAGCUGGGACCUCUUCAGCAGCAUCUGCAGGAUACACAACAGGAAAUCACUUCAAUGGAAACAAAACUGUUUGAGCUGAAAGAAUUGGAAAAUAACCAAUUUAACUGGCACUCUCACCCACACAACCUACUUGUUAAUGGAACUGCAGAUCAUUCUAGUCUUAGCAACAGCAGCAGUGAAGCUGCUAACCUUAAUGAGAAUGCUGAAAGGGAGAGUUCAGCAGAAGCUGAACAAAUAAACCACGAGUCUCCAGUAAGGAAUAGCCCUGAAACAACAAAUGCUGCUAUUGGAGACGAGAAAGAGACCCUGACUGCAACUGUUAACAAAAAAGAAGAUCCAUUUGCUACAGAAUCUCAUCCUCUGCCUGAUCAAGUUACAGAAGCCAAUUUAGACUUCUUCCAGUCUGACCCCUUUGUUGGCAGUGAUCCUUUCAAGGAUGACCCUUUUGGGAAAGUUGAUCCUUUUGAUGGUGAUCCCUUCAAAGAUUCAGAUCCUUUUGCAGCUGACUCUUUUUUCAAACAAUCCUCCACUGAUCCUUUUGUGACUGUGGACACUGAUCCUUUCAGCACAACAAGCAACAGCAAUAAUCCCACAACAGAAACACUGAAGAACAAUGAUCCUUUUGCUCCUGGUGGAACAGCUGUUUCUGCACCAAAUGAUCUAGCUACAGAUCCCUUUUCCUCUCUAUUUGGAAACGAGUCAUUUGGAAGCAGUUUUGCUGACUUUAGCACAUUGUCAAAGGCCAACAAUGAAGAUCCCUUUAUUUCCUCCACAUCAGGCUCUGUAAACAAUGUGGUCAUAACUAAAAACAUAUUUGAGGAACCACCGGCUAAAAAUGAGGAUAUUCCUCCUGCUUUGCCCCCCAAGACUGGAACUCCUACAAGACCCUGCCCUCCACCACCUGGGAAAAGACCUAUCAACAAACUGGAUUCUUCAGAUUCCUUUAAACUGAAUGAUCCAUUUCAGCCUUUCCCAGGCUGUGACGUUCCCAAACAACAAGAAGAUGAUCUAUUUUGUGACCCAUUUGCUCCCAGCAAUAUUGGUAAAGAGACGGACACCAGCAAUUUUGCAAACUUCAGUGCUUAUCCUUCUGAAGAAGACAUGAUUGAAUGGGCUAAGAGGGAAAGUGAGAGAGAAGAAAAAGAGAGACUUGCAAGAUUAAAACAACAAGAGCAAGAAGACUUGGAGCUGGCUAUUGCACUCAGUAAAUCUGAAAUAUCAGAAGCAUGAAGAUUAAAAUAACCGUGUCUUAUGUCAACUGUUUUGUCCCUUUUCCUGAAUACUUAACCUAUUUAAAAUGUUAAUCAGAAGCUACCUAUGAAUAGGGAAGUACGAAAAGUUUUAAAUUCCUGCAAGUGUGAUUGAAUAUUCACCUUUAUAUUUUUGUCCCAUUCUGAUUUGUAAGUUUCCUAAAUUUCUUCAUUAAGUUUAUCAGACAGCUAAUAGAGUGCUGCUCC